AUGGCCCAGGCAUCAACCGCAACCUUCGUUGCCAGCCGUGGCCAGCCGGCGUAUCUGUCCGUCGUUAUCGUGCCUUCCGCAGCUCCGAUAAGGCUCGACGACGAGCCAAACCACUUCCGUCAUCCUCCUUCCCGUCGUCGCGCUCCUCCAAAGCUUCUCAAGGCUGACAUCAACUCGAGCUACGCCAGCAAGCAUGUCGAACGUACGUACAGCAUGACUGAUCCAACGUACACAGUCUUCGUCCGGCUGCCCAUUGUCCGGGGCGAGUUCACGGAUCCCCCUCCGGCCAACUGGGAUUCCACCAAGGACGAUGAGCUGUGGAACAUCCUCUCUGGCGCAGCCAAGACGGAAAUCGACUGGAAUGAUCUAGCCUCCCACUUCGACGUGACCGUCGACUUUCUCCUGCAACAGGUAGCCUACCUCACCGAACGACACGCCGCCCAGCUUCGAGCCCAGGUCCGCAAAGCGACGGCCGCCGCCAAAGGCUCCGCUGCCCCCUCCCCGAUCCCCGGCGCCGAGCCUCACUCCCACCAGAGGACCGUCUCCGCCCUCUCCAUCCGCCGCGACUCGCCCCUUCCUCGCAACGAUGGAAGCACCCCAGCGACACCCAUCACGACAUCCCUCCGACCGAACAUCUCUCGCAACGCCUCCGCGGGCACCAUAACACGCAACCUCGGCGGCGAGAGCACCACUGCUCGCCAGAGCAAGCCCGCAGCUUCGCGGCCAUCAAACGAGAACCAGCGCCGCCGCCUGUCUUCCCUGCCCAUACAGACCACACCCCGAAGCCCCGAACCGGCGUCGCCUCCCGACGAGUCCAGCUCUCCUACAUCGUCCGAUGACGAGUCCAGCCCGGCACAGUCGCGCAUCAUCCGCCGCCCUCCUCGCUUCCAACAGCGAGACGGAGGUGUCGAUCUGGAUGAUGAAGAUGACGACACCGAGCCCGCCUUCCUGCAAUACAAACCCCAAUCAUCCAACACUUCAGCGCAGGACAUGGGAUCUACGCUUAGGGGCGACCCCCGGAAUGCCCGACGAACUGCCAAAGGCAAGGAGAGGAUUCACCAUUCGGAGACCUCAGACUCGUCGACCAGUUCGCCUGCAAUGGUAUCCCGUGUACAGUCGGGAUCAGACCGUCGACCAGCAGGACCGCUCUCUCCUCGCCGCCCAGCCGAGUUGUCUGGCAAGAGCCCCAGUUCUAAGAGCAAGGGGUACUCUCGCGAUGGCAGUGACGGGACACCAAGCAUGGGGAGUAGCUUUAGUGACUUGGAUGACGCAUCGGUGACCCAGUCCGCUCUCGAGGAGGCCCUCGCGAGUAAGAUGCAAGACGGCGCCAUCGGGAGCAGGUUCAGCAUCAGUCAAGCGUUUAGGAGUCGCUACAUGCCCAAGCCUGGUCAGCAGUAG